AUGUAUCAUCAACAUCAGGAUGUCAUACGGGAAAAUUACAUCACGCUCGCAGCGCAUUUUACAGCUGAUCAAUUGUAUAAAGCGCAUCGAUUACAGGUUAAUGAGUUGCUUGGUGUACCUGUCAUACAGUCAAUUAUUGAUGGUUUGGAUUUCAAACGGACAAUUCUUAACUCUUCAUUGGUACGUGAUAUAACAAAUCGAUUGGACGCACAGUUUGCGAAAUAUUGUAAUUUAUUAACUGAAACAAAGAAAUACAUUUCAAGCAGUUCACAACCAGACUGGAUCACUUUUCGUGAUUACAGAUCAAUGAUGGAAUGUGCACGGAUUACACCAGGAUAUUUAAGUUAUGAAGAACAGUUUGGUACACGUGUAAACAUGACCAGUGGAUGCUUGAUAUCAACCAAACAACCAUCAAAAUUCUUGUAUUAUGCUGAGAUGAAUUUGACAUCAAUUUUGCAUACUAAUGCACUUGAUAGUGCAAUUCGAUGGCAAUAUAUUAUUGGUAUCAGUGGACCACAUAUCGAAUAUCCUGCACAUGCCAUCCCAAUUCAUAAACGAAGACACUGGGGUCCAUUUCUUUCUGCUGCUUUACCUCAAAAACGACGUGUUAUAAUUCUUAUCGAUGCAGGUACUCUUCUUACUGAUAUGCAUCUAGCUAAAGCAAAAAGUGUUGCGAAAAUCCUUCUUGAUGGUGCUGUCCCUGGAGAUAGGUAUAUGGUGAUUGUGUCAAAUGGAACACAUAAUACAAAAGCUUGCAAAAAUCAAAAUUUCUUGGGUGUAACGAGUGAACAGAUUGCCGUAAUGACAGCUUUCAUAGAAGCAUUUGAACGAGGUAAUCAGAAAGCAUAUUCACAUACCAAUGCUAUUCAGAUGGCCUGUAGAUUAUUUGUUGAGGAAGAAGAUGACGGAAAUGAAUUUCAACAUAAUAUUUUGUUUUAUAUCAGCCGAGGUGUUAUGUCAGAAUUAGGUGAAGCAGCUUCAGUUUUAAAUGCUCUGGCGGAAAUUGUUGUAGGAGCCAAUAUUCGCGUGAAAAUUAACACUCUGGCACUGAGCGAUGUUACAGGUGAUGAAACGCCACUUUUUUGGUCUUACGAAUUUUUGAAAAGCAUCGCAGGAAUGAAUUUUACGAAAUACCAGCAAUCACUUGGCGAAAAAUUGAAGGCAGCUUUGAAAAAAACGAUAAUACCAGGGAAGAUGAUUUCAAUUGGAACUAAUGAACAUGCAACAUUAACAUUGCUCCAAAUGUUUGAACUUCUUUCCACUGUUAAUCAUAAGAAACUGCUAACUCAUUCAUCAAACGGAGAAUUAUUUUGGUCGUAUCCUUAUAGCGAGUAUCAGGCAACAUUAGUUUCUCUAUCAACCAGCAUACAGAAAGAUAAUAAAUUGGAGGCUGUGGUUGGCAUGGAUUUGAAUUUGGAUAUAAUUGCUGAUGUUAUCAAAUAUAAUGAUUUAGUAGUUAUGGCACCAGCAAAAACUAGAUUACGAAUUUUUCUUUGUGAUCUGCAAGGUCGCGUUAUCAUCGCUUCUCAUAUGCGUAAAACAUCACCAUGGCCUUUGCAUAUUGGUACGUUGGAAACUUGGUCAGAAAAAGAUUUCUGGCUUAGUGACCAUUUCUCAAUGGAAGAAAUCAGCGAAGGUUCAUUCGAAAUUGUAAAGGAGGAAAUGGUGGAGAAAGUGAAAUUAAAAUAUACGUGGAUGCGGCUGAAGAAUGCACCAUAUGUUGUUGCUAUGGCAAUUAAAGUGGACGAAAUAGAGCCCAAGAUUUCUAUGCUUUUAAAAAAUUCAAAACGGGAAUAUUUGUUGGAUAAUCUUGUUUACCAUCGUCUUGAUAUUCAGAGAGAUUCAUCACUUUACUAUUGCUCACACUUUGGCUAUCUUUCUACUAUGAAAUUAGGCGGUGUUUACUUAAGCCCAAGCUGUUUUACUGUUUCUUCAUUACAACGUCCUCCUUCUCCGCAGUGGAUUGCAAAUUAUUGGGUAUACUUAGGUGAUCCGUUCGGAUUAAUUCGAAAUACUGGUAUUCGAUUGAGUGUUCGUGAACAUGUUGGUGCACUAUCUGGUAUCAUACCACACUGGCGUGAUAAAACAGCCAGUGAUUCACAUGAAUUUGUCUUACGACGUUAUAUAGCUACAUCACGAGGUGUUAUGAUAACUUAUCCGGCAACCGUAAUUCGCGACAAUUAUGAACCUGAUUUGCAACUAUGGUAUGUGCGUGCCAAUGAAUUUCCCGGAAGAAUCGUUGUGACAGGACCAUUUUUGGAAGAUAAUGUAGGACAAGUUGUAACAAUUUCAACUGCUGUUUUCGAAGGUCAAGCUGGAAGUAUGCACAAUUCCAAAGACCAAGUUUUUGCUGUCGUUGCGAUGGAUGUAACCGUGGGAUUUUUUUCAAAAUUGCUGCGAAGUGCAAUUAAUGUUUGUAGAGAGUCACGACGUUGUGUUUUGUUCGAUGACUUAGGUAAUGUGAUUUCACGUGGAAUAGAAACGAGUGUCUCCAGUAAAAAAACUCGAUCGUAUGGAAGGAGCGUUUCCUGGAAUGCCGUCGAACGUUUCCAUAUCAGUUAUCUAGAGCCUCAACUUGCAACAUAUUUAAUUACAAAAACAAAAUUUGUUCAAAAAAAGCAGUGUAUGCAGUGGGCUACUCGUUCAAUUGAACGUUUCUUUCGAUUCAAUAUUUCAUAUUCUGAUGCUUUAACGAUUCCAUGUGAUGAUAUCAGCUCAUUACCUGGUAUGAAAUUAGGAAGUAUUCGUGCAGAAGUGAUUCCGGUGCCACAAACAAAUUUGUUUCUUGCUCUUAUAAAUGAAAGUUGUGAUCCACAGCAUCCUAUCCAAGCAUUUUGUCCAUGUUCAGUUAGUGAUCGUCGUUGUCUCCUUUGCACUCGUUUCGAUGUUGCAGAAUGUGAAUGUCCAUGUCAGUGUCCAUUAAACUGUAAUACACAAUGUUCACUGAGUUCAUCAAAUGCUUCACUUUAUCCGAAAACCUCUUUUGUACCAAAUGUGGAAUGUUCAGGCUUAGAGGAAUGUCCGGUAAUAGCUACAAUUAUUCCAUUCGGUGCUAGGCCAUUGCAGAAAACUGUACUAUCAGAGUGUAUCAAUAUCAAAUGCGAAAAUUAUAAAACGGUAGAUGAUUGUUUGGGUGUGCUGGGAUGUCAAUGGUGUGCGUUUGAUAGUGAUGGGCAAACGCUUCUUCUUAAUCCUUCUUGCGUCUUCGCUGAUCAAUGCUUUGGUGGUACAAAAGGAAGACGUAUUCGAGGUUUCUUGGAAAGUGAGUCACAGUUAGCUCCACAAUGGUCGGUUAGUGCACCAGUUGGACCAGUUGCUGCUGGAAUAAUGAGUGUUUUCUUGAUUAUGGUUAUGGCUGUAUAUUGUUAUCGAAGUCAGGUUAAUCGUUUGGUAGAAGCAAAUUCGCUUACGGAUUCAUAUGGUGCGCCAUUAUGCGGGAGAAAUUUUGAGGAUGAUGAUUUUCAGCUUGACCAUGAUAUUUCUGGAUCCGUAAAAGAAAAAGCAGUUGCUUUGAUCCAACUGACGUCAUUUGAAAGGAUGUCAAAUCCACUAGCAGCUGUCCGUCCGCAAUAUCGAGUUUCGCCACGAACUGAAUCAAGCGAUCAGGGUUAUUCUACAAUGACUGAUCGUAUGCAAGGUGAUGAAAGUGAAUGCGCCACUAGCAAUGUUAAUAUUUCUCGAGAUACGGGAAAAACGAUCUUAGAUACGGAUGGUUGUUCGAUUACUGUAACAACAGAAGCUGACAUACAUCAAGUACCACGGAAUUUGCUUAUUUCUUCCUAG